AUGGCUCCCGCUAUGCGUCUAGCGACCUCCACGAUAAGGGCCUCGCUGAGGGCGCCCUCGCUCUUUUCCCAGAACACCGCUUUUGCGGCUGCGAGGUGCUACUCCUCCAAGACCCAGACCUUGAAGGAGCGCUUCGCCGAGCUUCUGCCCGAGAAGAUUGAGCAGGUCAAGGCCCUGAGGAAAGAACAUGGUUCCAAGGUCAUCGACAAGGUCACCCUUGACCAAGUAUAUGGCGGUGCCCGUGGCAUCAAGUGCCUUGUAUGGGAAGGCUCCGUCCUCGACUCCGAGGAGGGCAUCCGCUUCCGCGGCAAGACUAUCCCCGAGUGCCAGGAGCUUCUGCCCAAGGCCCCCGGUGGCCAGGAGCCGCUUCCCGAAGGCCUCUUCUGGCUUCUUCUGACCGGUGAGGUCCCCACCGAGCAGCAGGUCCGCGAUCUGUCUGCCGACUGGGCCGCUCGCGCCGAGAUCCCCAAGUUCGUCGAGGAACUCAUCGACCGCUGCCCGACCGACCUCCACCCCAUGGCCCAGUUCUCGAUGGCUGUUACGGCUCUGGAGCAGACCUCUUCGUUCGCCCGCGCCUACGCCAAGGGUGUGCACAAGAAGGAGUACUGGGGUUACACCUUCGAGGACUCGAUGGACCUCAUCGCCAAGCUCCCCACCAUCGCGGCCCGCAUCUACCAGAACGUCUUCAAGGGCGGCAAGGUCGUCCCGGCCGAGAAGGACAAGGACUACUCGUUCAACUUUGCCAACCAGCUGGGCUUCGGCAACAACGCCGACUUCAUUGAGCUUCUCCGUCUCUACCUGACUAUCCACACCGACCACGAGGGCGGUAACGUCAGCGCGCACACCACCCACCUUGUCGGCAGUGCCCUUAGCUCGCCCUUCCUGUCUCUGGCCGCUGGCCUGAACGGUCUGGCCGGCCCUCUCCACGGCCUGGCCAACCAGGAGGUGCUCAACUGGCUCACCGAGAUGAAGAAGGUUGUUGGUGACGACCUCAGCGACGCGGCCAUCACCAAGUACCUCUGGGACACCCUCAACGCCGGCCGUGUCGUCCCCGGUUACGGCCAUGCCGUCCUCCGCAAGACCGACCCCCGCUACUCGGCUCAGCGCACCUUUGCUCAGGCCAAGAUGCCCGAGGACCCCAUGUUCAAGCUCGUCAGCCAGGUCUACAAGAUCGCCCCUGGCGUCCUUACCGAGCACGGCAAGACCAAGAACCCUUACCCCAACGUCGAUGCCCACUCUGGUGUGCUCCUCCAGUACUAUGGCCUGACUGAGGCCAACUACUACACUGUCCUGUUUGGUGUGUCGCGCGCCAUUGGUGUGCUGCCGCAGCUCAUUAUCGACCGUGCUCUCGGCGCGCCCAUCGAGCGCCCCAAGUCUUUCUCGACCGACAAGUGGGCCGAGAUUGUCGCGAAGCUGUAA